AUUUCUAUUUUUCCCGUUUAUCAAAAGUGCUGGAAAAACUUCUCAAUAAUCAUCUGACUGGCUUUGUUGAUGUCGAUAGUAUUCUCUCGGUUAUGCAAUCUGGUUUCCGCUCAGGUUAUGGAUGUGUCACUGCAACCUUAAAGGUCCCCAAUGUUGUCACCAUUGCUCUUGAUGUUAAAACCUCUCUGGGAUAUGUGGGACGCUAGCGUCCCACCUGGCCAAAAGCCAGUGACAAUGCAGAGCGCCAAAUUCAAAUAAAUUACUAUAAAAAUCUAACUUUCAUGAAAUCACACAUGCAAGAUAGCAAAUUAAAGCUACACUUGUUGUGAAUCCAGCCAACAUGUCAGAUUUCAAAAAGGCUUUUCGGCAAAAGCAAACGAUGCUAUUUUCUGAGGAUAGUACCAUAGUAAACAGAGAGAGAAGCAUAUUUCAACCUUGCAGGCGCAACACAAAACGCAGAAAUAAAAAUAUAAUUCAUGCCUUACCUUUGACGAGCUUCUUUUGUUGGCACUCCAAUAUGUCCCAUAAACAUCACAAAUGGUCCUUUUGUUUAAUUAAUUCCGUCGAUAUAUAUCCAAAAUGUACACUUAUUUGGCGCGUUUGAUCCAGAAAAACACCAGUUCCAACUUGCGACUACAAAUAUCUCAAAAGUUACCUGUAAACUUUGCCAAAACAUUUCAAACUACUUUUGUAAUACAAUUUAGGUAUUUUUUAACUUAAAUAAUCGAUAAAAUUGAAGACAGGAUGAUCUGUGUUAAAUACAGGAGGGAAACAAACUGUAGCUAGCUUUCUGUUCACGCGCCUCUAUUGUGAUGUGUCUUUUGUCCUAUAUUUAUAUUGUAUUUAUUUUAAAUUUUUAAUCCCAGGCCCCCGUCCCCACAGGAGGCCUUUUGGUAGGCCGUCAUUUUAAAUAAGAAUUUGUUCUUCAACUGACGUUUUUGUUAAAUAAAGGUUCAAUUUAAAAAAAUGAUGAGAAGCGGUUGGCUGCAUGUGCAAGGUUUAGGUGGAAUGCUGCGUUGGGCUCUAUUGAGUUAAGGAAGAUUGUGAAAAGCCUCAUUGCCCAAAACCUCGCCUUUCUCCCCCCAUUGCUCAGUUCCUAGAGCUGGCCACCUGGUCAAAGAGUCUUGAUGGUUCCGAAACGUUUCCAUUUAAGAAUGGAGGCCACUGUGUUCUUGGGGACCUUUAAUGCUGCAGAAAUUUUUUGGUACCCUUCCGUGAGGUAAACCAGAAUUGGAGGAUCCUCCAUCAUUGUUUAAAUCUCCAGUUUUGUAACAUUUUGGCUUCAGUCGAUUUACAACUACAAUGGACAAAGAGUUGUGGAUAAAAAGUUUGUAGUAUGUUCUCCACUGCUAAACGAGAAUAGCCUAUGCAGAGUGGCGCGUGUAGAUUGUUGUUUUUCAGACGAUCACAAAUCAUCAAAGCACCACUAUAGAGCCUCCUCGUGUGAUAAAGCAAGUUAGGAGGUUAUAGAAUUAAAAGGAUGGAAUUAAAGUUAAAUGAGAGGUACAGUGCUUUCGGAAAGUAUUCAGAGCCCUUGACUUUUUCAACAUUUUGUUACGUUGCAGGUUGCACGUUGCGUUGCAGCCUUAUUCUAAAAUGUAUUAAAUUGUUUCCCCCCUCAUCAAUCGACACAAUACCUAAUAAUGACAAAGCAAAAACGGUAAAAAAAAGAAAAAGUUUUGCUAAUUUAUAAAAAAUUAUAAGUAUUCAGACCCUUGACUCAGUACUUUGUAUUCGCUGCCAAAGGUGCUUCAACAGUCUUGAGUCUUUGAUAUGAUGCUACAAGCUUGGCAUGCCUGUAUUUGGGGAGUUUCUCCCAUUCUUCUCUGCAGAUCCUCUCAAUCUCUGUCAGAUUGGAUGGGGAGCGUUGCUGCACAUCUAUAUUCAGGUCUCUCCAGAGAUGUUCGAUUGGGUUCAAGUCCAGGCUCUGGCUGGGCUACUCAAGGACAUUCAGAGACUUGUCCCAAAGCCACUCCUGCAUUGUCUUUUCUGUGUGCUUAGGGUAUUUGUCCUGAUGGAAGGCGAACCUUCCCCCCAGUCUGAGGUCUUGAGCACUCUGGAGCAGGUUUCCAUCAAGGAUCUCUCUUUGCUCUGUUCAUGUUUGCCUUUCCAGUCCUAGUCCCAGUCCCUGCCUCUGAAAAACAUCCCCACAGCAUGAUGCUGCCACCACUAUGCUUCACCGUAGGGAUGGUACCAGGUUUCCUCAGGCCAAAGAGUUCAAUCUUGGUUUCAUCAGACCAGAAUCUUUUUUCUCAUGGUCUGAGAGUCUUUAUGUGCCUUUUGGCAAACUACAAGUGGGCUGUACUGUGCCUUUUUAUUGAGGAGUGAGCAAGUUCUCCCACUUAGAAAGAUGAGAGAGGCCUGUAAUUUUCAUCAUAGGUGUUCACUGUGUUCACUGUUGCUGGUAUUUUGGCCCAUUCUUCCAUUCAUAUCUCCUCUAGAGCAGUGAUGUUUUGGGGCUCUUGCUGUGCAACACGGACUUUCAACUCCCUCCAAAGAUUUUCUAUGGGGUUGAGAUCUGGAGACUGGCUAGGACACUCCAGGACCUUGAAAUGCUUCUUACGAAGCCACUCCUUCGUUGCCCGGGCGGUGUGUUUGGGAUCAUUGUCAUGCUGAAAGACCCAGCCACGUUUCAUCUUCAAUGCCCUUGCUGAUGGAAGGAGGUUUUCACUCACGAUACAUGGCCCCAUUCAUUCUUUCCUUUACAUGGAUCAGUCGUCCUGGUCCCUUUGCAGAAAAACAGCCCCAAAGCAUGAUGUUUCCACUCCCAUGCUUCACUAGUAGGUAUGGUGUUCUUUGGAUGCAACUCAGCAUUCUUUGUCCUCCAAACACGACGAGUUGAGUUUUAUCCAAAAAGUUAUAUUUUGGUUUAAUCUGACCAUAUGACAUUCUCCCAAUCUUCUUCUGGAUCAUCCAAAUGCUCUCUAGCAAACUUCAGACGGGCCUGGACAUGUACUGGCUUAAGCAGGGGGACACGUCUGGCACUGCAGGAUUUGAGUCCCUGGUGGCGUAGUGUGUUACUAAUGGUAGGCGUUUGUUAUUUUGGUCCCAGCUCUCUGCAGGUCAUUCACUAGGUCCCCCCGUGUGGUUCUGGGAUUUUUGCUCACUGUUCUUGUGAUCAUUUUGAUCCCACGGGGUGAGAUCUUGCGUGGAGCCCCAGAUCGAGGGAGAUUAUCAGUGGUCUUGUAUGCCUUCCAUUUCCUAAGAAUUGCUCCCACAGUUGAUUUCUUCAAACCAAGCUGCUUACCUAUUGCAGAUUCGGUCUUCCCAGCCUGGUUCAGGUCUACAAUUUUGUUUCUGGUGUCCUUUGACAGCUCUUUGGUCUUGGCCACAGUGGAGUUUGGAGUGUAACUGUUUGAGGUUGUGGACAGGUGUCAUUUAUACUGAUAACAUGUUCAAACAGGUGCCAUUAAUUAAGGUAAUGAGUGGAGGACAGUGGAGCCUCUUAAAGAAGAAGUUACAGGUCUGUGAGAGCCAGAAAUCUUGCUUGUUUGUAGGUGACCAAAUACUUAUUUUCCAUCAUAAUUUGCAAAUAAAUUCAUUAAAAAUCCUACAAUAUGAUUUUUCUGGAUUUUCUUUCUCAUUUUGUCUGUCAUAGUUGAAGUGUACCUAUGAUGAAAAUUACAGGCCUCUCUCAUCGUUUUAAGUGGGAGAACUUGCACAAUUGGUGGCUGACUAAAUACCUUUUUGGAUGCAAUUUUAAAGGAAUUGAUGGAGAGUGACUGCGACAGUGCUUGCCAGUGGAUUGAUUUAAGAUGGAUUUAAAGCAACGCUAUUUGAGUGAUAGGCUGUUUUAAAACUCUGCAGCUGCAAUAAAUAAAAAAAGUGACCCCCUGAAAGCCAGAUUGAGAUGUGUAAAUUAGAGUUAUGGAAAGAUUUAGCAAAGGUGACUUAAACUAGUUCCUGGUGCUGAGCUUGAUGUUGAUGCCGCUGCACAUGUUGAUGGGAUCGGUCUCUGUAGAAAUGCAUAUGCCGUUCACGUUAGCCUCUGUGUUAGUUACCUUAGUAUCUCACUGUUAGCUGGCUAACUUAACAUAGCUAAAGUUAGCUUGCAAAGUUACAGAUCACAUCGCCAGAUAGCAGCUGGCUAAUUUACAUUACAUUAUACUUUCUUUAGUUUAGAUACACUAAUUUAGUUCGCUAGCUAAGUUCGCUAGAAACAUUACCUCUGCUUGUCUUCUUAUUAAAGUAACCGAUUAAAUGUUUCCUCAGCUCCUGUGCUUGCAGAUCCAGGUACACAAUGACUAAACUUUACAGUUGUUGACACAAAAUAGUUAUAAUAUAGUUAUAGUUGUUCGCAGGCUUAUGUUUUAGGAACGAGUGGCUGGUCCAGUGAGUAACAUUAGCUACCUGUUGACACCCACUCUCAAACCGAUCCACCUCGACAGAGGCGGUACCGUGUACUGAAAUCGCUAUGAAUUCUGGAUAUUGUGGUUUUGCUUACAACUAGUGAUGCACCGAUAUGACAUUUUUGUCCAUACCAAUAUCCAAUAUUUUCCUUGCCCCCCAAAAUUAUACCGAUAUUAAACAUUUUAGCUUACUUUUAAGCAUUCUAGUACAGUUAAAUAGUUAACACACACACUAGGACGCUGCAGUCUAAGGCACUGCAUCUCAGUGCAAGCGUCACUACAGUCCCUGGUUUGAAUCCAGGCUGUAUCACAUCCGGCCGUGAUUGGGAGUCCCAUAGGGCAGGGCGUUAGCUUUGGACAAGAGGGUUAAGUAUCUGGCUAGCUAUUUAUUUUCAUGAACUGAAGUUGAAUUUCAAUAGGCGAACAAGUGGCAAUCUAGCUAAUACUCACAAGGAUUCCUAAAUCAUUGCUAAGAAUAAUGAAAAUGACUGCAGUUUCUAUUGGUCAUUGUUUUCAGGAUGGUUGUAUUGGUGCUAGCUAAGUACCAAGCUACAGCUAGCUACCCCAGAAGUUGCGGUCGAACAAAUUAUUCUUUAUUACCAACGCGGUAUUGUAAAACGCAUUGUUUGUGGCCGGUGUUUGCCGACUUUUUUGUACAGCUUUGACAGUGCUACUGUAUCUUUUCUGACAUGCAAAGACCCAAAUGGCGUUCCAUAGUAUGUAUGUCGUGAAGCUAAUAGCGGGGACGCUAUUACUGUGUAACUCCGGUAGGGCAACAUCUGAAAAAUAGCGCACUUGGUGUGUACCGGUGCUCGACCAGUCGGCGAAAGCCAACAUCACCCAUGACAGAGAACGGUUGAUUAAGGGCAAUGAAUUCCAUUAUCUUGGCUUUAAUGGAUUUCGCCUUUGAGUUGUCUCGCUGAAAUUUUGUUACUCUUUCAAAUGACUGCUUGACUGCUCGAUCCACACAGCAGGCAUUGUGGGCUAGGUUAGGAAUGCUGUGUUGCACGUGUAGCGCAAAAUUUUACUUGGCGUCAUUACUUCAUGUACCUUCCUAUAUAUCGAUAUGUGCGGUAGCUUUGACGUCGGUUUUUAACAUAAGCGUUAAACUAGACUUCGGGCCGAUACCGAUGCUGCCAUUUUUUAGCUAAUAUCGGCCGAUUCCGAUAUGUUCACCGAUAUAUCGUGCAUACCUACUUACAACCAGGAAAUGUAGAUGGCCCUUUUCUACCGAUGAGAUGCAGAAACACUCAUAUUUGUUUUUAUUGAGGAAAUUCCUGAUUUUUAUGACAGAUUUACAUGUCAAUAACAUAUUAAUGAUAUACAUUUACAGUGAAAGAGCAGCCACUGCAAGUAGUUGCAAAGUUGCUAAUUAGUUAAAAUGCUUAAGUUGUCUCUGACAUGAUUCGAAAACGCAAACUUUGGGUUGUUAGACAUUACCGUUAGGCCUAUACGGCUACCCAUCCUCCCCAACUACCCAACCUCCUUUCGUUUAUGUCUUAAGUAACCAACCAUUCGGUGACCGUAUUACUGCCACACCGGCGGUCACAAGUCAUGAAGGCAGUCAAAUUCCACAUGACCGUUUAGUCACUCUAAUUAGGCUUCUACAAGCUCUGAUGCUGCUGAUGGUCAUUUAGUAGCCUACCAAACUUGCUAACUGCCUAGUACUCAGCACUUUAUUGUCCCUCUAAUCACUCUGAAAAAAUGAAAAUGCAUUCGAAAAUCAAAUCAAACACUUCAUGAGCUCAUGUUGCACAACAUUUCUAUAGGCUAUGCAAUUGCGAGAACAGAGUGAGAACAGAGUGAUGGCCACUAAUAAAAAGACGAGGAUCCCAUCAGCUUUCUAUAGGCUAGGCCUACUAUUUUUAUUUCUCAACUUUCCUAAUAUUAAGCACAUUGCUUAUAUUUACAACAGGAGUAUAGCCUACCUGGCUUGCAUAAAAAUAAACCACAGGGAAAAGCGUCCUCCAUUCGCUAUUUAAGUGCACUUGUAUUUUUUUCCGCUGCCCCUGUUUCGAUACAGAUGCGUGAUAAUGGUCCAUUCUAAAUCAAAACAAAUGUCUCACAUAUAUUAUUUUGUAUAUGUAAAGAUGAGAUUAAGUCAAGAAUAGUAUGAUGGGUGACAAUAUUAGCCUAUCACUUGUUAAUUAUAUAUUAUCACUUGUGAAUGAUGCCCAGCAUAAGAAGCAAUGUCAUUUUUUGCAACUUUUUUUGAAUCGUUGUCGCACACUUCAUGUAGCCUAGCUCAUAGGCCUACGUUUUAAUAAGGUUUGUAUCACAAAUAAAGUGGCCAAAUAACAUGUUAUAAUUAAGCACAUUUGGGGAAGAUCCUUUUCAGCAUAAAAAUGGUACCUUUUAUAAUAAAAGCAUUACAUGCAUAAUCACAUUUGCGGUCACUUUUGAUAAUGGUGUAUUCCCGCAAAUGGAACAUUUGUGCUUAUAACCUACUACCAUGUGCAUAUUGCUGCGCUUAUAAUGUGAAGAAAUAUUCUAAUAGUUUAUCAACAUUUUAAAGUAAACAUUCUGAUCUGUUGCGUCAGCAACAUUGCAUACAACUGUUUUUUAGAUGCUGGUGGUUAUAUUCAUUUGGGAUCUAUCGCAUCCCACAACUGUCCCAGACUAUGUUUGGAAUAUUUAUUACUCCCACAGAUAAGAAUAGGUUGACUUUUGUACAAUGGGGGAUAGUAGAUUGACAUAGGCUAGUGCUUUUGCUGUUCGUUAGGCCUGCUCAUCUUGUUGGCUGACAACGUAAAUAUGGACAGUUCUUCCAACAUCUUCAAUAUGCACCUCGGGAAUUGGAUAAGGACGCGUGCAGUUGCUUCCCUGAUGUGUCCGUCUUCACUUGUAGCCUGUGAGAAAGACCCGAUCGCGUGACUGAGUGCCAUCUGAUUGCGCAGCACACUCAGGGAGAAGGGCACAACGCAGCACUCCGGGCCACAAAAGGCACAGAUUUUUUUCGGUUGCAUUACUGCCACAAAGAGGAUGCUGCAGUGAAAUUCGAGGCAUUAUAAAGGGCUUUGUGAAAUUGUGAACGAGAGACUAUUGGAGUGUGUACAGACUGCGCAAAAAAACAAAGCAGAGCAAAGCUAAACAAAGCAGAACUCAUGCCUUUCAAGACUUUAAAAAAAUCAUCAGUCGCAUCAUGCAACCUUACAAUGUAUUAAAAAUCAAAACAUAUAGCCCAACAUUUGUAUCACAACUAAAGUUAAUAACUCUAAAUUAAGCAUAUAGGAGUAUCUAUUUCUUUGUUACCCACUCAACACAGAAUAUCCGCAUGUGCGCACUCCCUCAUUGUUUGAAGAAAAUAUAUUUUAUUCAGCUUUGUUCAAUUGUAUUCUUCAUACUAUAAAAUAAUGGCACGGAAUUAUAAGCAAAUCUUGUCUGCUAAAUUUUCUAAAUUUUCUUCAUAUCAUGCAUCUUUAGACCUGUCUAAAAUAAUGGAUUUAUUGUGAAGGUGUAGGCUAUAUUACAUGGAUUUAUUUGACUUUUUCAAAUGGCUUGUAGGCCAGGAGAUGCUAAAUUUGUUUUAUUUGUUUUAACGGUCAAUUACCGUGAGACCGACCAGUUACAGGCUUGACAAUCACCUGCUGACAAAUUUUCGUGACCGCCACAGCCCUAGUAGUGAUGAGGUUCAUAAUGACCUUAGAUGGCCCUGUCAUGUUAGCACAAUGGGCUUCCUCAUCUAUGAAAAUCACUCACCAGCCACCACACCAAGCCCUCAGCAUCACCACAAUCAUCCACACGCACUAACCCUCUCUGCACCUUUGUAAAUUUAACAAAUGCCCUCUUCUCCACUCUGUGCUGGUGCUAUUUUUAUCCCAAUGCCCCUUUCCCACUUAAUAUGCUGUGUCCCUUUGGCGACACAUGAUAAAAGAAAGGAAACAACUUUUAUUAGUGCAUUAGUUGCCUGCUUGAUUUGAAAUUGUUUAUCUCUGUGCUUCCAAUUUCAGAGGGAAGAAAGAUCUCAAAGACCAGACUGACUACCUGCUGAACUUUGCCAACAAGACAAACACGUUGGACCAUGUUGACCAUCCUGGCUGCCGGGUCUGUCUUCUUCCCAGGCCUGUUCGUGCUCUCCAAGCAAUGCCUCAAGCACAUCCCUGCACUGAGGUGGAGCGAAGGGGAUGCGGUCAUAGUGUCAGCCAGGUUGGUGUCCUCUGUUCAGGCGAUCAUGGCCUCCUCUGCUGGUUACAUCAUUGCCUCCUCCUGCGAUGACAUCAUUGAGGAUCAGCAUUGGCUCACCAGCGCCUACAUCCUCUUUGCCGUGCCCUACUUUGUGUACGACAUCUACGCCAUGUUCAUGUGCUACUGGUACAAGCUGCGCAUCAAGGGUCAUGAAGGGGACAGCGGCGCCAAACCCCUGGGUGCGGCCCUGACCAGCUACCUGCGGCGUGAAUUCCUCAUGGUACUCCACCACGUCGUCAUGGUCACCGUGUGCUUCCCCGUCUCUGUGUUCUGGCGACAGGGCAAGGGGGAUUACUUCCAAGGCGUCAUGUUCUUGGCAGAAGUCAGCACUCCGUGGGUCUGUUUGGGAAAAAUCCUCAUCCAGUACAAACAGCAACACACUCUCCUGCACAAAGUGAAUGGGGCUACUAUGCUGGUCACUUUUUUCACCUGUCGAGUCCUCCUCUUCCCUUUCCUCUACUACGCGUAUGGCAGGUACGCGUCCAUUCCCCUCCACAUGGUUCCUUUCAACGUGCCCUGGCAAGUUAACCUGGGCGCAGCUAUGCUCAUGGCCCCCCAGGUCUACUGGUUCUCCCUCAUUUGCCGAGGGGCCCUGCGACUCUUCACUGGCUCUUCCCGCUCCCGGAGGCCCCCGGUCACUGCCAAGGAUGACUUGGACGGACAGGCGCCGUCCCAGCCCGCCAAUGGGUACAGCACUCAUGCCACAGAACAAAAGUCAGACUCUCACUGAGAAGUGGGCGGGAGGGUGAGAGGUAAGGAAGGUGGUGAUAAUGUACCGGUGGGUGAAGUUGAAAGGGAAAGAAAGGUAGUGAGACUUUGAACAAGCGUAAAAAAAGAAAUGCUUCAAAUUGUACUGUCUUUGUUGCCAGAAUCUAUACUCAAUACCGAUAUUCUGCUUAUGCGAAUAAAGGAAUUGAAGGGAGCGUUUGCACAUUUGAACAGCACACAACAUAUGCAUCAGAAGCUAUUGUUCCCCCUGAUGCACGUUGAGAAUGGAGAGAGAUUAGCCUGAAAGAAGUAUAGCAAGUGAGAGGUGGAGAGCGUCCUCGUGUAGAUCAAAUGAAAUCCUGUCUGCCUAGGAGGUAAGUUAGCACAGGAGUUAGGAAUGUAUUAUACUGGUAUGUUUAGUACAUUGCUUUAGAUAGGCCUAAUUCGGCUUAGUAACAAGAAACGACCUCGCCAAGCAGUAUUUUGACUUGUUAGUAUUUAUCUGUAUCCUUUGUACUCUUAACAAAUGUGACUAGGGUGGAAGGGAGGUAACCUAAUAAGACUAUUAUGCUGCCUUAUCUCAAUUGUUUGUGUGUGUACUACAUUUUAUUUAUUUUAAUGUGGAAUAUUUAUUUUUUCCUUGGAUUGAAAAUGUGACAAGUGUUCUUACCUUCACGUUGAUUUGGAUUGUAGUUCUGUUUCUGAUCUCCCAUUCUGUGUUUUUAUUUUUUAUCCAUUUUGAUCUCCAGUAGUUCAGGUAGCAAAUGCAUGAAUCAUUUUGCCUGUUGGCAGUUAAACUCUGCCGCCUUGCAACAGUGUUAUUUUUUUCAGUGUAGAGAAUGUAAUUUUAAGGAACAAAAUGAAUGGCCAAUUUUGUGGGCCUUUGGGUUUCUAUGCCCUACUUGGGUCCUUAACUUUUGACUGAGUGGUAAUUGAAGCAUAUUAGGUAAAUGAGUUAGUGCCAGUGCAACAACAAAAAAGCAGCCCUAUUUAUUCCACAUACUGUCAUUCAUUGGCUGACGUUACACAAGUAUUCUGCCCAAUAAUAUUUAAUAAAAAAAUCAAAAACGUGUUUUAUUAUCACUGCUGUAAUUAGUGAAUUGCAUAAAUCGACCAGAAUAGAAUCAAUACACUGUCUUGGUAGCAUUUAGUAUAGGUUGACCUUUCUAAAGCUCUUGAAACUGCUUUAGGAGUCUGUUUCCACUUCUUCAGUUUCUUAUUUGUACUGAGCAAAUUUAAUUGAGCCACUGGUUUCAGGAGCCCUAUUCACUCAGAAAACAUAACUAUACUUUCCUGAAUAUGGAAAUAAAAUACUAGGAAAACAAACAGUCCAGUAACCUUGGAUGCAAGAAAGAUGGGACAAUAACGUCUAGACGGCGAUAAACUAUACCUUUGUUCUAUAUGUUUAUUGGUUAGUGGUUCUUGCCAUUGGGGGAAAAAUGCAUUUCAAUUGAUUUACUGUAUAUGCUUAUUUUAUUUAUUUGUGGUUUUGAAUUGAAUGCAUAUUUAUGCAUACAUAUUAAUGUACCGUAUAAACUUCUGAGCCUUAUGUGAAGGCUAUAUUGUUAACUCAUAGCUAAAAUAUACUCCUGUU